UAUAUAUUUCAAAAAUAGACUGUGACAUUGUUCCGCCGGCGAAAAGCUAACCGGAGCUUCAGUUUAUUUUUUUACUCCUACUUUUUAUAUUCUAAACUAAAAUAUUCUCACAUUUAUCUCUGCACAUGUAUUUCCAUUUCUGAAAAAAGUAUAAAUAUUUUCCAGUAUUCUACAUACGUUUAAUUCAUCUAUUUCCGUGAUCCAAUGUCUCAAAGCUGAAACUGGUAAUCUUCAAAUACAGGACCGCAAUGAGAUUUUGCUGAGGUUCGGAAAGAAGAUGAGCGAAGGGCAACGGUAUCAGCUGGGGACAAUAGGAGCACUGUCUCUGUCUGUGGUGUCCUCUGUCUCCAUUGUCAUAUGCAACAAGGCCCUUAUUACCACUCUUGGCUUUACGUUUGCUACAACUUUGACAAGCUGGCAUCUUCUAGUUACAUUUUGUUCUCUCCAUGUGGCAAUAUGGAUGAAACUAUUCGAUCACAAACCUUUUGAUCCGAGAGCUGUUUUGGGCUUUGGAGUUCUGAAUGGGUCUUCCAUUGGACUUCUUAAUCUAAGUCUGGGUUUCAACUCUGUUGGUUUUUAUCAGAUGACAAAAUUGGCAAUCAUCCCCUGUACAGUUCUUUUGGAGACUCUUUUCUUCAGGAAGAAGUUCAGUAGGAAUAUCCAGAUUGCACUUGGUAUUCUUCUCCUAGGGGUUGGCAUUGCAACAGUGACUGAUCUGCAGCUCAAUUUCCUUGGUUCCGUUUUGUCUCUACUUGCAAUUGUGACAACUUGCAUUGCUCAGAUUAUGACCAAUACUAUCCAGAAGAAAUUCAAGGUUUCUUCAACCCAGCUCCUAUAUCAGUCUUGUCCCUAUCAAGCAUUAACAUUGUUUAUUGUAGGACCAUUUCUAGAUGGGCUUUUGACAAAUCAAAAUGUGUUUGCUUUCAAAUAUACACCAAACGUGCUGGCCUUCAUUGUCCUAUCCUGUCUAAUAUCAGUUUCUGUGAACUUUAGCACUUUUCUUGUAAUUGGCAAGACAUCUCCAGUUACCUAUCAGGUCCUUGGACAUCUGAAAACAUGUCUAGUUUUGGCUUUUGGGUAUGUUCUCCUUCGUGAUCCCUUCAGUUGGCGAAACAUUCUGGGCAUCUUCAUUGCCGUGGUUGGAAUGGUUGUAUAUUCUUAUUAUUGUUCUAUUGAGAGCCAGCAGAAGUUUACAGAGGCUGCAUCCCAGCUAUCUCAGGUGAAGGAAAUGGAAUCUGAUCCCCUACUAAAUGUUGAAAAAGGCAACGGCAUUUUAGCUGAUAGUGUUGUUGCGAAGGCCCCAGGGUGGAAUUCUAACAAGGACUUCCUUGCAUAAAAAUAUUCUGAUGGCUGUCAAUUGGUUAGCCCUUGAUUAGAGUACAGAUGGGAGUUCCAGCAGAUUCGAGUUCCAAUGAAGAAGCUGUAGCUGCAAGAACAUCCAACCAUCACAUAAUUUGUGUUACAUUUGAAAAAGAUAUAGCUCUCUAUUUUCCAGUUGGUAGAGUUGAAGGAUAUGUAUCGUCAAAUAGCAGUUCGGUUAUGAGUAUUGUAUGAGUUAGACAUUCCAAAAAAUGCAUACUCUGGUGGAGUAUUAUUUCCCCCCAGAAUCUCAGCUUAUUUGUUUCAGAGAUUACUUUGGUCGUUCAUACGAAGCCCAUGAAGGUGUUGCAAGUGGAUUUCUCCAAUGCAUGCAGAUUUGUUUA